AUGCCUUCUUAUUCAAAUACCGAACUUGCAGACAUGCAUUUUAUUUAUGGUUUGUGUAAUGGGAAUACUCGAGCCUCUCAAAGAGAGUACGAAAACCGUUUUCCACAUCGGCGUGUUCCUGCCCCAGCCAUGUUCAGCAGAAUCCACCAAGCUUUGAGUGAGCGAGGUACUUUUCGACGGUCUUUGAGGGAAGGUGUACAAAAUGUAGAUUUGGAGAGAGAAAUCUUGGACGAAGUCAACAGAGAUCCAGAAACUAGUACUCGUACGCUUGCUCGUCAAUUUGGAGUUCAUCAUUCUACUGUAUGGAGAACUAUUAAUAGAGAAGGCUUACAUCCAUACCAUUUUUUAAGAGUUCAUGGCUUAGAGAACGCAGACCAUCAACAACGUGUACAGUUCUGUAGAUGGCUACUUCAUAAUGCAGUUGAGGAUCGUGGUUUUUUCCAAAGUAUUAUGUGGACAGAUGAGAGUACAUUUACAAGAGAAGGCGUAUUUAACGUUCAUAACAGUCAUCACUAUGCUCAGGAAAAUCCACGCUUAGUACGCCAACAAAGAUUCCAACGCAGAUAUUCAAUCAAUGUGUGGAUGGGCAUUAUCGGUGGCGUGUUAAUUGGUCAAUUUUUAGGACUUCCUCGGACGGUAGGUGGAAAUUCAUAUCUAAAUUUUCUCCAAAAUGAACUACCUGGAUUGCUUGAGUAG